AUGGAUAAACUUUUAGAGAAAGCAUUUCCGAAAUCUAUAAGCCUGGACAUAUUUCCAAUAAGAAGCGUUGAAGAAAUGGAACAUUUUGAGGAAAAUGCUGAAAUGUUUCCAAAAAAUGACGUAAUUUGUGGCAUUAAAGAAUGUAUUACAAAAUCUCUACAAUUUAUCAUCACAGAAGAGUGCUUGUUAGAGUACAAUUGGGAUGGGCUGCAGAAGAAAAAAUCAUUAAAAAAAUCCAACUUAUUUGGAAAAUUUGUGUUUGACGCUCUGAAGUUCCCCGAAUACGGCUUCCCUAAUUACGAAAAUAAUAUUAAAAAAUCGAUACAAUUAAUAAAAAAUAGGGUGUAUAAAAACGUACGAUAA